CUCUUCAACAGUUGCCGAGGAAGAGGAGCUUCACGGAUUUGCCUACGUCCAUUCAUGGGUGGAAGAGCAAGUUCGUGUUUGUGUCCAUUGGUGAGAGUGGCACCGAGUUCCCCUCCCUCGGCCAUACCGGGAGGUUCAAUCUUCAUGACCCGCCGAAGAGCUCUAUUUUGGACGCUCAGGUGGAGGCUUUCCUGGAAGGGGGGCCGAGGAGCGUGAAAGAUUACGUCACUGAAUACAAGAUGACGGCCCUCGGCUUCUUCAGAUAUCACUUGUAUGGAGAUAAGGAGGAUGACCUCCAACUCUGGCCGAGGAUGACCACCACCUUUGAGGAGGCCGAUGGCCCGGAUUUGGGCAUUCCUGCUGAGGCCGACGGUAAUUUUUCUUCGGCUUUCUGUCUUUACGUUUUGUCCUUUGCCUUACUAAUCUGUUUGUUUUUUCUUUGUAGACUUUGUCAUGGACCGACGCUCCAUAAUGGCCGUUGCCAAGGCCAAGGCGGCCGAGGAGCUGGCUGCUA